AUGAAUUCAGACAAAAGUGUACAAGAACCGGAGGACUCCUCGAGGAGGUCCUCUUCCGACCGACGAAAUGAAGACAUUGAAGAAUAUGCGGAUAUUAUUCCCGAGAACCGCAGAACCCCGAACCCGGAGGAUCCCAAUAAUCCAGAGUUGACCAAGAUUCCGUCGGGAGUCCUAAGCUUUCAGGAUGUUCCUGUCAACUCUCGCACAGAGGUGCCAUACGAGGCGUACAACCGCUUUUCGAGACACCGAAAGCGUAUAACGGUCGCCGUAAUCUCAUGGUGCGGCCUUCUGUCGCCAAUCUCCAGUACUGCCGUCCUGUCAGCGCUGCCCGAAGUUGCAGCGGAGUACAGGACAUCUGGAAGCAUCAUCAGUCUUAGCAACGCCUUGUAUCUUGUCUUCAUGGCAAUAAGUCCGUGUUUCUGGGGACCUCUAAGUCAGGUCUAUGGACGUAAAUGGACGUGUACGGUUACCUCCGCUCUGUUUUUGGGCUGCUCGAUUGGCACAGCUCUGAGUCCGAACGUCGUUGCGUUUUUUGUGUUUCGCAUGCUCACAAGUUUCGCCGGUACAUCGUUCCUCGUCACGGGUCCCGCCGUCAUCGGUGACUUGUACCAUCCCACGGGGCGGGCCACGGCCAUGGGGUGGUUCCUGUCCGGCACACUCAUCGGCCCCACCAUCGGACCUGUUCUCGGCGGCAUCAUUGUGACCUACACGUCCUGGCGCGCCAUAUUCUGGUUACAGACAGCGCUUGCUGGAGUGGGAGUCCUUGGCUCCGUCAUCUUCAUGCCCGAGACCCUUGCUAAACUCAAGAGCAACGACCUCGAGGGUCUCCCGUUGGGCAGAAAGAUUGGCGUCUUGUGGGAGAUGACGAACCCGAUGCGCGUCAUUCGCUUGUUCAAGUUCCCGAACCUCAUUCUCGUGGCUGUCGCCAGCGGGUCCCUUGUGUGGAACAUGUAUGGCAUGCUGACGCCGAUUCGAUACGUCCUGAACCCGCGGUUUGCGCUUACCUCCCCGGCACAGUCUGGUCUUUUCUAUCUGGCUCCCGGAUGCGGUUAUCUCGCGGGUACACUUGUCGGCGGACGGUACGCUGAUUAUACCGUCAGGAGAUGGAUUGCGGAGAGACACGGUCGUCGUAUAUCCGAGGACCGCCUGCGAUCUUGUCUUCCUUUUAUUGGUGCGGUGUUGCCUGGCUGCAUGCUCAUCUACGGGUGGUCGGUCCAGGAGCGAGCGGGUGGAAUCGCCGUCCCCGUGGUGUUUAUGUUCCUCGGUGGGGUGGCUCAGCUUUUCUGUUUCCCAAGUCUAAACACGUACUGCUUGGACGUUAUCCAAGGCCGAAGUGCUGAGGUUAUCGCGGGAAACUUCAUGACUAUUGGCGUGGGAUGGUUCAGCACGAUCUCAUCUGGUUUCAUGAUAUUUGGCGCCGUGUGCGUAUGGGCUGUGGCACUUUGGGGAACGAACUGGCGGAAGAGAAUCGAUGAGAAGGCCAGGCCGACUGAAACCUGA